GUCGAUAAUUAGUUAUCCCGAUACCUUUCGCAAGAAAACGUUUCCCUUUUCUUUCCAAGUGCGCUUCCGGUAAUCGGUAAACGUUAAAAUGAGGACCAUAAACUCAAGCCAAUGCGUGAAAAUACCCAGGGGAAUAAAAGCUUCAGUUAAAGCACGAAUUGUAAAAAUAACUGGAGCUCGUGGAAGUUUAGUUCGGAGUUUUAAACAUUUAGCGUUGGACAUGUAUAUGGUUAAUAAACGUACGCUUAAAGUGGAAAAAUGGUUCGGAGCAAAGAAGGAGUUGGCAUCUGUCCGUACUGUUUGUAGCCAUAUUGAAAACAUGAUUAAAGGCGUAACAUAUGGAUUUCAAUAUAAAAUGCGUGCUGUCUAUGCUCAUUUCCCAAUUAAUUGUGUUACGUCUGAAAAUAAUACAGUUAUUGAGAUCCGGAAUUUCCUUGGAGAAAAAUACAUUCGUCGUGUACAGAUGGCUCCAGGAGUGACAGUAGUUAAUUCCACUGCUCAAAAAGAUGAACUGAUUGUGGAAGGUAACGACAUUGAGGCUGUGUCUGGGUCAGCAGCUUUAAUCCAGCAAUCUACAACAGUAAAGAACAAGGAUAUACGUAAAUUUUUAGAUGGUUUAUAUGUAUCAGAAAAAACAACAGUUGUAAAACGGGAAGAUUAAAUUGAUGCAAAAUAAAGAUCGUGCUAAAUGCUACAGAAUUUAAA